GUUAAUAUAAAUGUCUCUACUUUAUGCUUAUUCAAUGAUGACUAUGACUUCACCUGGCAUUCGUUGAUUUCAUAAAAAUUUAGAUGCGAUUGUACUUCAAUAUGGCGAAUCGCGACAAAGGACGCAAUAAGUGGGGAGGAUUUUCACAAGAUAGUAUACAAAGUUCCACAUUGGAAAAAGAAAGAUCAGUAGGAAUGCGUGGAGGGUGCAAUAGAGCACCACAAGCUUUGUAUAGACCAGGGAGUGGUCCACUUCGAAAAUCAGAAAAGUCUGCUGAUGACUUCGAUCAUGAAAAUAAUUCACAAAUAAAAUCAAAACCAACAUCCGUCCAACAUCGUUUAAAGCAAUCACAGUCCAAUAGAUGCAGUCAAAUGUACCACAGUCCACCAUCAUCUUAUGCAGAAAAUCUAAAUGAAAAAUUGAAUGAUAUGCAUAUUAAUCUUAAAAAUGAUGAUAAUAGUGAUCAAGCACAAGAUUCUUUUAAAAGUAACUAUGGUGGAGAUCUAAGAAGAAAAAGCAGGAAACCAGAACAGCAACUGUACGUACCUAAGAAAGUGAAGGAAGCAUUGGCUGAACAGGAUGUAGCAAAUAGGUUUGAUCGUGAUCAUGAAAGAGAGGAAAGUGAAGAUUGCGAUUCUCAUUCCAAUCGUAGUUAUAAAGGUCAUAGACAUCGUAAUCGUUCAGGUGGUUGCAGUGGAAGAGAUGAACAUGGCAAACGAUUUUUGGGUAAUCGUAGAAAUCGUCAUACUAAUGAAAAUGAAGAGAGUUGGAGAUCAGAUUCUCCAUUAUCUACUAAAAAUUAUGGUAAUAGACGAGAUAAUCCACGAGAAAUUAGACAGGGUUCAGAACCUCUUUUUGUAACACCGAACAACCCAAAUGAUUUUUCUCGCACUCGAGAUACACGUAGUGUGGAACCUGCUGGACAUCCUGAAAAAUUUCAGGGUAAACCACCUUCAGGCAAAAAAAGUGGUUCUAGCAAAUUGGACUCUUUACCACCACGUUUGCAAAAGAAAUAUUUGAUCGAUAAUGGUUUAGCACUACCUAACAGUUCUUUUUCUUCUACAAUUGAAGAGUCUUGGAAUGGCACAACUGGUUCAUCAGUUUAUUAUCCACCUGCAAUUCAACAUUCACAAACUAUGCAAAACUUGCCACCUUCUGGUCCAUUACCACCUCAACCUUGUUGGUCUAAUACUGUACCUGUACGAAGUAGGGGUAGAGGUAGACUUAGACCAGAAGAAAUAGAAGGUCCAACUAAUGUGUUUAGACCUGUUACUCCGGAUCAGUAUUCGGCUCCAAGUUCAAGAUCUCAUACUCCCAGUCAGGAAUAUACAAAUAGGUCUUAUGAUCGUCGUGGUAGUAAUAGUACUAUGUAUACAAGCAUGGAAAGUUUAAGUCGUGCUGAUAGUGUAAUGUUGCCACCACCAAUGUCUAUUAUAUCUAGUUCAAAUAGAUGUCAGAUUUCAUCUGAAGAACAACAUCAUAGUGCAUCGCCUCCAAUUUCUUCACAGCAUCGUACUUAUAAUACACAAAGAGUAAACAAUUCAAAUGAAGGUAAAUCUAUGGAAAAACAACGUAGUCAACAAAUAUUAAGUCCAUCAAAAAGUGAAUCAUUUAGUAUGUUACCUGAUAUGGCAUCAGAACGCACUCUUGAUUGGAGUGAAGAAGUUGAAUUAAAUGAGAAAUUAGAAGCACAAUACCUGAGCCGUAGUUCGUCUGUACAAAGUUUACACGAAAGUGUAAGUUUAUCUGGAUCUCAAUCAAAAAGAGAGAGUCACAAGCGAGGAAAAAAAAAGCGUGAUAAGAAACCUGCAGUUGAUCAGAACAAUAGUUCAGAAAAAACACGUGUAAAUAGUCGUGAUCGUCAAAAUAAUCAGCAAAAUAGAGAAAAUGACAGUUAUAACAAUAAUCAGAAAAAUAGCAAUAAUAACAAAAGAUAUGAUCAUAGAAGACAUCGUAAUAUAAUUCAACGUAGUCGUGAAUCUAGUAAGGACAGAAAUUAUCGUAGUAGCAGUCGACAUUACGAAGAACUGCAUAGACCAAGACCAGCAGAUCGGCAUUUAGAUGAAAAUUGGAGAACUGGACGGAAAAUGUCUGUGUGCGAUUCGGAUGAGGGAAGACAAACUCCUAAAGUAUCUUCUCACACUAUCCCUACUCCAUUAUCAAAUGCAAAUUCAAAUACAACAAUACGACAAGUAUCCCCUACAGGAUAUACAAAUAUUCAAGCACCAGGGGUUUUAGUUUUACCAGAAACCAAUCAAUCGCCACCUAGCCAUACUGUUUCUCGACAAGGAAUUCAACAACAAAGAAUAUUGUUUGAUCCUAAUAAUCCCAAUAAGCCUAUAGUUGUUACUUCUCCUGGUAGUAGAGCUAUUUCGCAAAGAGAGAAUCAAACGUCAUCUCAAACUACCAGUAUUCCUGUAUUUCAAUCUCAUACGGGUAUAGCAUCUUAUCAUAAUAAUUUUCAUGGAGCACCAUUAGAUGGAGUACCUUCGUCCUAUACGACAGAUCAAUUUGGCAAUAUGAGACCUUCUUGGUAUGAUCCUUGUUCAGAAAGUUUCCGGUCUACAAAAAAUCCUUGCCUUUUGCUGGACAUAGGCCGAGCAGACUUAGAGUUACAAUGGAUGUUAAGUUCUGGUGGUUUCACAACAAAUUGGGAGAGGGUGUCCUAUAUAAGACACUUUCUUCAGGAUAGUUUGCAAACAUUGCUUAAGACUGAUAUCAAGUUCUGCCAAGCCGAGAAUGUUGAACAACACUUUUGGAAAAUAUUGUUUUAUAAUAUGAUUGAAAUAUUAAGAAAAGGAAUGUCCAAAGAGAACCCAGAAAGCAAAGAGUAUUACAAAAAAACGAUGCUAAGUAUAAUUGACGAGGGUACUAUAUACUUGGAAAAUUUAAUUACAGUACUUGAAAAUACAUAUGACUUCAAGAUACAAGCAUUUCUUGCAUCAUCCACGCUACCUAAAGGUCUUGGAAUUUUAGGUUUAGCUUUAGUGAGCGCACAAAAAAUAUUUCUUUUUCUGGGUGAUUUAGCAAGGUACAGAGAACAAGCAAAUGAAACUACAAAUUACGGAAAAUCAAGGCAGUGGUAUUCAAAAGCACAACAAAUCAAUCCAAAGAAUGGAAGACCUUAUAAUCAACUUGCUUUAUUGGCACAUUAUGCCAAACGAAAAUUGGAUGCAGUAUAUUACUAUAUGCGAUCGCUUAUGGCAUCUAAUCCUUUUCAUUCUGCUAGGGAAAGUUUGCUAGCACUUUUUGAUGAAAAUAGAAAAAAGUAUCUACAUUAUUACGAAUCUACGGAACGUAAACGCAAGGAAGAGAGAGAAUGGAAGGAAAGAGCCAGGAUGAAAGAAAAAGAAGGAGCAAAUAGCAUUGGAGGAGGAUUAAGACGAGAAAUAUGGAUUCAUCCAGGUGGCAAAAGAGUUAGGCGUACAACUACGGCAGCUAGUACUACUGAUUCAAGAUUGGCACAAAGUGAUUUAGAAGAAUUAGCACAAUUGACGAGUGUUGAAGUGAAUAAACGUUUUGUUACAUCCUAUCUCCAUGUGCAUGGGAAGUUGAUCACCAAAAUAGGAAUGGAAACCUUUCAAGAGGCUGGCGUACAGAUGUUAAAGGAAUUCAGGGCUCUCUUGCAACAUUCGCCUUUACCACUACCUGGCACGCGCUUGUUACAACUCCUGGCUUUGAACAUGUUCGCGAUCGAGACGACGCAGCUGAAAGAUACACAAAUGGAACAGGGAUACCGAUCGGAGGUCCAGGAACGUGCUCUUAUCGUAUCUUUGCAGAUGUUUAGUUUGAUUUUGGAACGUGGUGUAUCUCUGUUGAAAACACAAUUGGAUAGUGGAGAAGAACCUCGAUUGGUCGUUGGAGAAGAUAUGCAGGUCCUUUUACCUGCUAUUAAGAUUUGGUGCGAUUGGAUGCUGUGCCACAGUACCGUUUGGAAUCCGCCACCUUCUUGCACAGAUUAUAGAGUCGGACCACCUGGAGACGUUUGGAGUAGAUUAGCAACUAUGGCAAAUCUUUUGGAUAAGCUAAAUUACACCAGAACUGUUUUGAUACAAGCGAAAGAUGCCGAGAGUCGUGAAGACGAACUCGAACUAGUGAAGUUGCCAGAAGAUACGACGUUGGCAGGAUUCACGCCGUUAAUGUCGAAUCCUCAAGAUCCUUGUUACGUAGAGAAGACGGAAGACAUGGAUAUCGCUCAGGUCUGUCUAAGGAUAAGCAAAGUGCUUUUCUUCGGCCAAGUAUUUCUGUGUGGACUGGAGACACCGGUAUUGAAAUUGCAGAAAAACGAAAUUGGUAUGAGCGAAUACGUAUCCGUAGUAGAAGCAUCUAGCACCAGUUCGCCAAGUUCACCGCCUGAACAGAGCGAUUCGGAACUCUUUGUGGAAAGUUACAGUGAGGACGAGGACGGACCACUUUCUACAAUGAAGAGAUUGCCGUCAAGCAAUGACGUAUUCGACGACAACGGGGCGCCUCUGGCUCUUGGAGAGAUAAGGUCGCUAAUCGAACGGAAGGAGGAGCUCGAGAGGAAGCAACGGAAGCAAGAUCGUCACCGGCAACGAGUCCAGGCAAUCUUAAAGAAAUCCUCUGUGUCGGUGGAAAUAGAAGUGAGACCAAGACAAUUAGUACCAGACACCAAUUGUUUCAUCGACUAUCUGCCACAAUUGCAGAAUAUUACGAAAGCUACCUCUGGAGCACAGCCCAUCUACACGCUGAUGGUACCGCUGGUGGUUUUAAACGAACUGGAAGGCUUGGCUAGAGGUGCCGAUGCCAGGGAUUGUCCACCAGCAUCAAGAGCUACUUUGGAUCCUGAACACGUAGCCAGAGUGGCAGAAAGUGCAAAGGCGGCAUUGGCUUUUGCGAGAAGCCGAAACCCAGCAAUUCGAUGCUUGACUACAAGAGGAACCGUCUUGACAUCCAGUACUUUUACCGUUGAAGAAGACGUCGAUAAGGACAAAUUAACUAGAAAUGAUGACAGGAUUCUAGCUACGUGCUUGAGCCUUUGCAGAACAGGAAACAAAGAUUAUAAUAACCCAGCAGAGGAGGGCCAGCCCCGACGUCUAAGGAGAGAAGUCGUGUUGCUGACGGAAGAUAGAAACCUGAGGGUGAAAGCCCUCGCUAGGGACGUGCCGGUGAGAGAAGUGCCCGACUUCAUGGAAUGGGCUGGUCUGGGCUGAAACGACGAUGACUUCAUGACCAAAUAUUCCCACUGAUGAAACAAAUAUCCCGUCCCCCCCGCCGCGCAAACUAAGAUCAUCAACUUAGAUCAAAAGCAAAGCGAAGGAAGAGAAAUGAAAGAAGAGAAUAGAAAAGAGAAAGUACUUCUCAUCACCUCGAUGGACCCUUUGCGAAGGGAAAGCGCGUUAACGAAAAACGCGAUUUUUUUACGUAAGUUCGUCCUUUUUCCAAAAGAAAAAAAAAACAAAACAAACAAAGAAACUCGAACACGCGUAUCCUGUUAAUUUUCCUCUUGUUUUUUUCCUCUUUGCAAAAAUUUGUUACUUUUUUCAAAAUUCUUCUACGUACGUCUCUAGAAAAGAAAAUUAAGAAAAAAAAAAGCAAAAGCGGAAGAGAAUACAAAGCGUCAAGAGUUUACCUAAAAGGAAUACUGGAAUCAUCAAUUCAUAGACGCCCUUUCACAUAUUCCGAGCUCGCAACACUUUUCAUUCCGUUCCUGAAUCCCAACUUCUCCGUAAUCUCCCUGAUUCUUCACAUUUGAAGUAAAAUCCAGAUGAAACGAAUGUAAAGAAGGCGUCGAUCGUAAGGUACAAAGUCCGACUUGUAGGUAAAGCAGAUUUGGUAGUACCAUAUUCAGGAAAAGAGAUUGCUCGAGAAGACGAGAGAAAGAAAGCGGUCCACUGAAAGAGGGGAAUACUAAAGCAGCAACAAGAAUAAAAGAAAGAGAAAGAAAACAAAAAUAGGAAAAUGUUCGUAAAAAUAUUGUCUCUUGGGAGUUUUGACAAGUUUUAUUCUUCUUAGGCUCGUUUUAUCAAAGAUAGUCAUCUAUUGUGACUGAAUUUGUUGUAUAUGAUCCUUUUAAACCGUGUUUGUAUGAAUACAUAUUUGUACGAGUUUUGAAUAUUUUGCGUAUAUUCUACAAUGUCUGUACUAAAUGUAUAUUAUUGCACUCGUUGUAGAGUAGAAGCGAGCGAUUGGCGCCGGUCAUUUUUCUUCUUUUUUCUUGUAUCUUCGUCAUUUUUCUUUUUAUCUUUUUUCUUUUUUUAAUCUCUCUUUGUUCGAUAUCCUCGUACAGAGUAGUUCAGUUAUAGAAACUCAUAAUAAUCCGUAUGGCAUGUAUGGAUUUUCGAAUUCCAGCCAUUUAAAAUAACGUUACGUGCCAUCGAAACAUUCUUUUUAUUCUCUUUUAAUCGCGUUUAUACUUUUUUUUUUUUGUAGAAUCGUUGCCAGUGCUACGAUGAUAUAUCGAUGAAGUUCUCUUUUUUUUUAAUAAAAAAAAUAUAUUUUAAAUAAUAGAUUAAGAGCGUAAUGUAGCCUUUAAAUAUUGAAAUAUUCUGUACGGGACAUUACGUUACCUUCGACUUUUUUCCUAUUCACAUAAAGAUUAUUUAGAUAUUAAUUAGGGUAAUGAAACAAUGUAAACCUUCGAAGAAGCUCGUUUUCUUUCGUUACGUCAAAGGAAAUUUGAACAAUAUUACCAGCGUCCGUACGUACAUAUAUAAUAUUUUAUCAGCGAUAUAUUAUUGAAUCGUAUCGACGAACAAUAAUACCAGCACCAAGUUGUACGAAGUAAAGGCUGAUUAGAUGGUAAUAAUUCCGUAAGGCAAAGAGUCGAUCGUGACGAAAGAGAUAGGAUCUACAUGUUGCUCGCACUCUAUGCUUUUUCUUUAUUUGUAAUUUUACGCGUUGUUCUUGUAAGAUUUAGCAAUUAGUUAUAAGGCAAAUCAUUAUGAUACCUAAGUGUGCAUUGAUUUAAAUAGGACCACUCAUUUCAAUUGUUAUUUAUGAACUUUAACGACAAAAUUUUCCUACUUGUAAAGACAGACGGAACAGAAAUUAUCAGAAGCGAUUAGAAUUGCAAACGUUUUGGACGAUAAGCUUCGAUUAACGAAAUACUCGUUCAUUCAUCGUGGCUACGUUCGAUAAAUUGAAAAUGAAAUAAGAACAUUUCGAUGUCGUCCAAAAAGAAGAACGAUUAAUAAAACGUACGAGCUUUGGGGUAUAUCAAUCAAAAGUUAUACUCUGCAAUUUUGUCGCGAUAUUGUUGUAAACUUUUUCUACCAAGUGUUCUUUCCAUUCGUGGCUUUUAAACGAUUUUGAAUAAGAAAAAGAGAAAGAGAGAGAAAGAGAGAGAGAGAGAGAGAGAGAGAGAGAGAGAAAGAGAGAGAACAGAAAAAAUCAUAUAUAUCGAAAGAUUUUAGAAAGCACUAUAAAAGAUUGAAAGAGUGAAAGAAAAUGACGUCCUAUUUUUCGACAAAAUUGUAAUUACGUAAAGAUCGUCUGAAAGAGAGAAGUUGCACGCACGCGAUAAUACAAAAAAUAAUCGAGAGAGAAAAAGAGAGAGAGAGAGAGAGAGAGAGAGAGAGAGAGAGAGAGAGAGAGAGAGAGAGAGAGAGAGAGAAGGUUAGUUUAACAGAAUAGAAUAAAGAGAAAAAAUGAGAGUGAAAGAAAUCAAGAAAGAAAGUGAAAAGAAAAAAAAAUAUUUGAUUAGCCGUAAAGAAUGUAUAGUUAAUUGAAACUAAGCCGAUAAUAAUAUUUCAUAGUUAAAUUACGAAGUAUGCAUUCGUGAAAAAGACGUUCAUAUUAUCAUCAGCUUUGUACUUUGAAAUGAUAAACGUGCGUAUGAAUGUUUGUUAUAAGAUAUAUAGACUUUUACUUAAUUGGCAAUAUGCCAAGAAACGGAGAAGAACAGCACGAGAAAGAGAUCAAAAAGGGUAUCCGAAUCGAUUUAACUUUUUUUUUUUUUUUUUUUUUUUUUUUUAAUUUUCUUCUAAAUUCAUCAAAAUCGAUACCUAUUUUCUUUCAUCCUUUUCAUCUUUUGUUAGUCUUCUCUUUCUCUUCUUCUUCAUCUUCUUCUUUUUUUACUUAUUUACUCUUUAACUCUGUUCCAAAAAGAAAUCCGUGCUCCGAAACUAAGAAAACGAGGGGUAAAGAGAAAGUAUGUUUCACUAUUGUGCGCGACUUGGAAGCACCAGACAAAUUAUUGUUUUCACUUAUUUCUAAGUAUGUCUCUUAUAGUAGUUUUUAAAGUAAAUAACAAAAAAAAAAAUAAUAAAAAGGAUGGAAAGAAACGAUACGAUCGAUAAGCACGAUUGUGCUCUGGAUACGACAAAGAAUCGUAGGAAGAAAAGCUCCAAGAAGGAUCAAUCACAUAAGAUUGCUAGAGAAAAAUGCAAAGAAAUAAGAGGGAAGAGAAAAAGGAUAUCAAGCAAGAGUUGCGAGUAACACAGUAAUAAUAAUACUUCGCAAAUCGGAUUGGCUCUUUUGUCUUUCCGUUUAUUUUAACCCUUAUAUCAAAUUUUAUCCUUGCAAUAAUUUUUUUUAUUUUAUCUUUUUCUUAAAAGAUGCAAUAGUAAGAUGCAAUAGAAGAAAUGAAAAAAUUCUCGUGAUCCUUCGAAUCACGCAAAUGUAUCCUCGUCCUUCUUUUUUCAUUGAUAUAAAUAAUCCAUUUCUUUUUACGUUAUUAAAUAAUGUUAGAAACGUUAACAGAAUAUAAUAAUGUUAUCAGUUCAGCAGAAUUUCUAAAUAUGUAACUAUAAUCUUUCUUAUUUUUAUUUUGUGAUUUUUCAAAAAGAAAAUGGUAAUCGUGAAAAUGAUCAAAUCUUGUGUGAUUGAUUCUACGAUGAGCAAUGAAAAAAGAGUAAGAUAUAAAUUUCCUGAGCGUAGAUAGACAAAAAUGAAUAUAUAAUUAGGAUAUCAAUGACGAUCUUGUCGACGUUAUAAUUUUUAGAAGUGGAUAGAACCAAGAGAGGAACGGGGAUGAUCGAGUUGCGUUCGACGUAGCUCUAUUUUCGAUUUUCACCCUUAUACCGUAAGUGUACCUAUAAAUAAAUAUAAAUACACAUAUUAUAAAAAAUUUAUGCAUUACAUGCAAUUGAGAAUAAAAUGCAAUGAGAAUAAAAAUCUUCUGAAAUCGA